AUGUUGGGCCUUUCUCCUUCAACAAUUAUUUCCAUCCAGGAUUUCACUGCCGCCGAAAUAUCAUUAAAACAUGUAUGGUCUUCAUUUUUAGAUUCAUAGCGUAAAGAAGGAUCUAUUAGUUUUCCUAUGGUGUAUGUAUAGCAAUGGUUUAUCGUUGUUUACAGGUAUAAAUUAAAUAACUUAAUGCAUUCUAUACAUCUACUCUUCUUCCCAACUACCCACCUACAUGAGUAGUCACUAAUAUCAGGGUUUUUUUUCAAUUUGAUAUCCUCUUCAUAUAGGUGAUACGAGUUUUGCCCUCAUACAUUUCCGUACAUUUCAUUCGGAAACAGUAUUAUUGUAUUGAUAUUAUUCGCGGAAUCAUGUAAAUCGUUCGGAUAAGUUUAUUGUGCACUGGAAUUGCCUACGUGCGGUGCCGUGUAAUAAUUUUUAAUUAUAUUGGCCGCACCAUGGUUAAUAUUUUUGUGAUCCCGAAAUUGUAGGCUAUUUUCGAUUUCCAUUUUGAAUAAAUUGUUUUUCUGUUUUACCGGUUUCAAUUUCGUGUACCUACAUACAUUAUAUUUGUUUUCGUGGUAUCGAUUUUGAAUAGGUUUUGGUUUUGUUUUUUGAUGACCAUGGUAUAUCUUUUUUAAAUUCGCGACAGUUUCUGUGUAGACGAUCUCAUAUUUGUCAAAUGUAUACUGUUAACGCUAUGCGGUUAAAAUGUAGUGAUUCGUUUUCCAUUUAUUUACAGUGAUAAGCUGGAGUAAUAAAAACAUACUUCCAAUGGUAUAGUUUUAGUUUUUAAAAUUUUGAAAGUUUCAGUUUAAAUAUAUUUUGGUGUUGGCAUUCUUAAUUUCCGUUGGACUUUGCAUAAAUAUUGUUUUUAGUGAUUAUUAUUUUACCACAUCGAACAUUGAUCACCUCCCCCCCCCAAAAAAAAAAACCGCGUAAUCAAAUAAAUUUGAAACCUUCGAGCUAUAGAUACCUGAUUGAUCAUGAUAAAAAAAACAUCCGUUGUAUCGAAUCGGUGUUUUGCUUUGUAUAAAUGAUGAUGGAAACGUCCAAUUUUUGGUUUAAUCAUUAUUCACUUUUUAUUUUUAACAUAGAUGACAUUGGUACCUAUGUAUAUUAUUUAUUGUAACGUGAAAUAAAAAAAAAAAUAUAUUCACACAAAUAUAUAUUUUGUACUAUUUUCCGCCUUGGCGAUUUUUCAGAUCCCCUCCUCAAUCGUUGGCGUUUAUUUUUAAUUUCAAACAAUUUCAAAGGUAUAAUAACUAGUAGGUAUUACCUAUGUACAGACAUUGAACACCUGCAGCAGACUGAUAGGUAGUUUAUAAACAUAGUAUGUCCGUGUUAAAAAAGGUUUAUGUCGAGAGCAAUAACUUAAUACGUUUCAUACGCGAUAUUAUUCCGGUCUACUAAGCUUUAAACGUUUUAUAAAAUAAAUAAACCGAUGGUCCAAUAUUUGAAAUAAAUAUCAAAUAUACAAUUAGGUUGUUUUUAUAUAAAUUGUAAAGGUACAACAAAUUUUCUAUGCCUUUAUUUUUUUAAAUUCUAUUAUAUACAAAAAUUCUCUCAAGUUGUAUGUUAUUAUUAAUUAUAAUAAUAAAGUCAUCUUGUUUUAUACCAGUUAAUCAAAUUUUUCAAAAUAGUCACAAUCGGUUUUUGAUUGCGCUAAUUCAGUAUGUAAACUCAAUAGCCCUAUAUCUUGUAACUUUCGGACUUCCCUGACUACAAUAUGGUCUAACCGACACCUAUACUUUGAAGUGGCAUGUCAGCUUUAUGUUUUUUUUUUACAGUAUAUUUUGAAUUUCUUUACUAACAUGAAAACAGUAAGUAAAUGAUGUAAUAUUAAUUAAACUUUUAAAUGAUAGUUUUGUUAUUCAUUGAUAAUCAGUGUGGUAGAAUAAUAAUCGCUGAAUACGAUAUACAUACAUACAGAGUCAGUAGAGACUCAGGGUUGACGUAAAUUAAAAAUUUUACCACCAAAAUGUGCUUAAACUAUAACUAUCUACGAGUAUUUAUAGAAUUUGUAUAUAGGUUGCUAUUUAAAAAUCAAAAUUGGGUAAUGGUAAUUCCCCCCGAAAAUAAUUGUGUACAACGUAAGGACAAUGUAACAUUUUAGAAUGCACGGUUCCACAAAGUAUUUACUUAAAAGUUAAAAAAAAAAAUUAAAACUAAGUACUUCAUGAAAUUAUGAAGACCUUGUGUAUGAAAUGAAACCGAAACGGCACAGUUUUUGAAGUCACGAAAAGUACUAAUUCGGUUAAUUUAAUUUAAUUUUUUCUUUUUUUGCAGACCGUUUCUGUCACGGUUUCAGUCAUGACGCUUACGUCAAUUUCCAUCGAUCGCUGGUAUGCAAUCUGUCAUCCUCUGAAAUUCAAAUCGACUACAAGCCGUGCCAGGACCGCCAUCAUUGUCAUAUGGAUCGUCGGGCUUGCUUCAGGUAAUAAUAAUAAAAAAAAAACGAUACUGAUGAUGUGUGCCACAUCUGUUGUUGGCGGGAAAGUACGAUAUUUAGAACCAAUUAUUUUAUAUCUGUAAGUAAUGAUAAAUCAUUGUUAAUGAAAUACCAUUCUGGACGAAGUUCGGUAGUUACACGUAAUAAAAUUCCAACAAAAAUAUUACAUUCGAAUCUGUUAUUUAAAAGGUAGGUUCCUAUUCAAAAAAUAAAGGUACAUACUUAUUUAAAUUAUAUGGAGUAGGGGUAAAAUUAAUAAAAUAGUUUUAAAACAAAGUUUGAACGAUUCCAAAAUGAUUAAUGAAAAUAGAAAACAAACUCACUUAAAAUCCUCUGAGAAAAAGUCACUGAUUCAUGAUAAAAAAAAUCACACUGUAUAAAAAAACAAAAACGAAAAUAACGUAAUAGUUAAAAUUUCUCGUUAUUCUUACGGCUUUUCACGACUUUUCUCACUUAUUAAGAUUAACCACCUACCACUAAAAUAACUACUACCUAUAAAGAAAAUCUAAAAUAUCAUCUCUUCACCGUUUAAAUAAAAUUAUAUUUACAGCACAAUAUUGUACUUCAGAUGUCUUGCAAAAGUAAACUUACAAACUGUCAAUGAUAGUAAUUGCAAAAAAAAAAAAAUGAUAAGGAGGGAUUUGAACCCCCAAACCCCUCUUAAUCUUGGGCACAUAUACAUAUAAAAAUGUAUAUUAUCACUUUUACGAGACACCUGCUGUAUUGUUUUUAUCGUAUUUACAAGUCAACAAAACCGUGUUUUUCCCGGUGAAUUUUGUUUUCUAGUUUACUGGCGUUUUCGCGAUAUUAAUUAUAUUAAGUGAUCGGAAUACGCUUCUCAAACGAAACAAAUAUUAUGACAAAAUUGUGUCUUGUUUUUCACACCAGUAAUUUUUUUAAAUUAAUUUAAAUGGCAUUUCCAAUAAAUUUUGUUAAAUAUAAGUAAGUAAAAUAAUAAUAAAACUCUGUUGUCGACGUUCAAUUAUUAUGAUCACGGAACUAUAACAAUAUAGGUGUUGAAAUUUUGAAAUAUUAGUUUGGAAUCUGAACGUUUUACUACACGGUGAUUUUUUAAAUUUUUUAUACAUGGCCGUUUUUUUUUUUGUGUUCAUUUACGAAAAUCUUCCAAAAUAGUAUUUUAAAAAUACGGAUUUUCCGCUCGGUGGUACAACUAUUUUAACUAAACAUUUUUUUCGAUUUGAAAAACAUAGGUUUUGAAAACACUUAAUUUAUAGGCAUAUCUGGACUGUUUUUUUCCCCAUCUUAGUUCUCUCAGUUACACUGAACCUGUUACAUUCGGAAUCUUUAUUUUUCACGUUUGCAAUGUAAAUUGGCCCCCAGUAUUGGAAAAAAAACAUGCAAUUAAACUAUAUAUAUAAAAUUUGACUAAGUGUAUAAAUAUUGAACUAAUAAAUAAAUCGAACGGUUUAUAUAGUAAUAAUUAAAAAAACUACAAUUGUUUCUGUAUAAAAUCGUUAUACUUGAGUGCAUAAAAAAAUGUAUAUUUGCCUUUUCUAAACACAGGAACAUUUUCGAUUUUUGAACUAUUUAUCGGCAUUUUAUGUUUUGUUUUUACGUAGUUUUUAUUAAGUAGGCAUUAUGAAGAUAUAAUUGUUUGACCAAAUAUAAAUGUUUGAAAAUGUAUCAAGUGGUUUAUCAAAAUUUUUUCUUAGUGGUAAAAAGAAAGUAAGUGUAAUGGAGUUAAUUUUUUUUUUUAUAAUAUUUUCAAGAUCAAAUUUUGAUGAAAAUCGUUAAAUCUUAUCGUUAUCUCUCGAUCACAGUUAUUAAUCGAAGAAAAUAUCGGAAUUAAAUAAUAUUAAUUUUUCAUAAAAUUGGGACAUAUUGGCGUACCAACAUUUAUUUUCGGGACUUUGGUACAAAUCAAAAACCGGUGACAGUCUCGGUUUUCCGGGACGUAUGACAACCCUAUUGCAAACAUAAAUUAAAUUUAUUUAUGUUUUCUACCUUGCCCAUUUCUCCACUAAACCGGGGGUGAACCAGUCAGCAGUUUCAGCUCUUUUUUUUUUUUUUUUUGAAGGGGAGUCUGUUAUAAGUAUACAAAAUUGUAUAAUAUUGAAUCUAUAUAUAUAUAUAUAUAUAUAUAUAUAUAGAUUCAAUAAUAUAUAUAUAUAUUAUAUAUAAUAUAUAUAUAUAUAUAUAUAUAUUUACUAUUAGAUUUAUUCUGAAUAAUUUCAACGAUUUUGUCCUUGAAUAUUUCAGGCUGAAAAUCCAUCGAGUUUCUCUACUUGUAUACGGGACGAUAUACAAUAAUAUAGUCACAAUUAUUUUAUCCUAAAUUUUGUUGUCACUGCAAAUGAAAAGCAAAGUGCAAUUUACAGGUGUUUUAUCUCGCUCUAAAAUAGUUGAGGUUUCUAAUUAUGUUAUACUCAUACAACUUCAUUUAUUUUAAUUUUAUUUAUUCGUCCUUAAAUUUGACGGGCUAAUAUCACAGACCCUAUCAUAUUAAUUGCAGAGUAACCGCAAUACACGACCAUUAGACUUAUGUAUCUCCAUAAAUACUACGAAAUAAAAUAUAUUAUGGCAGUUUCAAAUUGAACGCAUUUGAAAAGUAUAAGGCACCACCAUUCAAAAUAAAAUCUAUUUAAUAUACGGUUUUCGCCCUUGUCGUUUUGUAUAUAAUCGACUUAACCGCGCGCGGUGGAGCAUAAGUUUUCGAAUAAACAAAAUAUUAUACAAAAGUGUCCGACCAACUGUAUAUAGGCAUAAUAACUCAUCUGUCAAAUCACACAUACGCGUUAGCCCGGUAAAAGUUUCUCGGCGGUAAGAUUUAAAACAUAAUAUAGUAAAUUUCAUCAAUGCAAGCAGGGUAUUUCGAGAAGAAUGAGCGCAAAACAAACUAUAUACAGGCACAAUAUCGAUUAAAAUAUACCGUAUCAUUAGUACGGGCAUGUUGUUAUUCCGUCUGUUGUAUAAAGUUAGGACGGCUUUGAUACGUACAAUUUUAAUUGAACUUUCAAAGUAUAUAUAAUGUACAGUAUCGAGGUACCCGACGUUUGUCGUUUUUUUUUUCGGUGACAUUCCCGUUGAUUUUUUCGUCUCCCUAACCGUACGCUAUACGUAUAUAUCAGGAAGUAAUGCUUGUAUAGUGAACGACUUUUCAAUAUAUAUGCACUAUAAAAACCUACCGGGAAAAUGCAAACAAUAUAUAUUAUAAUAAAAUGUGUACAAUGCCGUUUUAUGCAUUUACUUUACAUAUUAUUAUUUCAAUACGCGGACGAAGAAUUUUAAAUAUUAUCAUAAUACUAUUUUAUACACAUCUAUAAUUUUACAAUAUGUGUUUUAUUAGUUUAUUCAAAAUAGUUUCGUGUUGUUGAAAUGUUUUCGUAUACAUUAAUAUUAUUAUGUGUAGGUAAUGUUGUUACGUGACCGACCUAAACAUAGAUAUAGAGUACGCUUACGUUUCCAGGUACCGCUAAAUAUUUCGAAAGGAUUACCUCGGAUUUGAAUUGCGUUUUCGGGAAAUGAUAGUAGAUACUGAAACACAAAGUUUAGGAUAAAUUUAUUUAAGAUUUUUUUAACUCUUACGAUAAAAGCACGCGCCGUUAAAAUUAGCUUUUAAAAAGCAACAAAUAUUUACGACGCUUGAGAUUCAAAAAAGUAUUUUUUUUUCUGCAAGUGAAUUCGAUGAAUAUAAUUUUUUUAUUUUCUCUUAAAAAUAAACCGAGUAUACAGUCAUCUAGGGUUGAUUAAAAAGUACGAAUUUGUAUAGAUUUUGAAAACAUUUAAAUUCUAUUUUAUUAUAUAUAUGUAUUAUUUCAUGACAAUCUUUACAAAUAAUUUUUAAUAUAAUUUAUAUUUUAACAUGUUUCGAAACAGCGUAUAUAUUUCUUCCAUAGUAUUAAUAAAUAUUAUUGCUACAGUUUUUGUUGUUAACUGUUUUUUAAAAAUUUAUUUCCGCCAUUUUGCAUUUGAAAUCUUACCGUCCACCCAACGUCCCCUAAAACCUGGCGCUCUCCAAGAGGACUAAAAUGCCCCUAAAGUGUCUACAGCACCUUUGGAAGAAUUAUAAAAUGUUAUCAUCUCUGUUUUUUUUACGUCGUUUGCAUUUUAUCAAUCAAUGAGUCAUGAUGUAAAGCCUUUCUAAGUUGUCCAUAUCACUACACUAUACGAAAAAGUACUGUCAUUCUACUACGGGCGCGGGAUAAAUAUAUUCCAAAUGCAGGAGACACCCAAAUCGAUCGAAUGCCAAUCAAACACUAAUGAAAAAAAAAAGUAAAAACACUUAAUAACUGUAUAUAAACCAUAUUUAGGUAGGUAUACGAAAUGAUACAAUCUUAUCUUUAAUCAUAAUAAUGUUAUUAUGAUAUCAAAUACGACUGGGAUUAUUAUUUACUCCGCGCGCGUAGUCAAAGGUUAAUAAAUUGUUUUUCUUUGAGUUCUUUAAUAGAUAGACUUUUUAUUAAUAACUGUUGACAGUCUGUUUUUCUUAUCAUUUGGUUUUAUAAUUUGACAUGAACAGUGUAGUAUAAGAAUAUUUUUUGAAAUAUAUGGUCCAAUAUUUCCAGAGUAUAUUUUGAAUAUUUGCAUCAACAAUAGACUCUGUCGUUGACAUAAUAGUUUUAUUAUAUAUUCAUUUUAGAAUUACUUGUUUCAUCAACUUUUGUGUUUUCUGUUUCAAUAUUACGAUUGGUAUUUCAACUGGGUUUAAAUAAAUCUCCUGGAAAAUAUGGAUGGAUGAAUUUAACAAGUCUGAAACAAAGAAUCGCAUUUUGGACAGAUGCUACUUUUAAGUAAUCUAGUGUACCUAGCUCGACAUUUUGUAUUUAUUCAGAAACAAAUUUGCUAACAUGAGGUUAUGUUAUUGGCAAAACAAACUUAAAAAUGCUCUACUGGUUAAAAUAAAAUUCAAAUAAUUCAGGGAGUAGUAUAACAAACACGGUUUAACAUUUUUAAUUCUGAAAAAAUUCGUUAUCACAAAGUUGUGCUGUUGACAUAUAGUUAGCACAUAACAUAAACGGUUUCUACCGGCUAAAAUAAUGUCCAGCAAAUUUGAAAAAUGAUCCAACAAAGUCUAACAAGUUACCGAAAAUUGUAUGGAAUGAAUUUGAUAGGUGUAUGUUUAGGUUAUGCUACUUACUUUAUGGGGGUGAAAAAUCACGUAGUCAUUGUUUGAAGUAGUUGUCUUAUUAUUCGAUACAGCUAAUGAUCUGAUAGUCUCAACAGAUUAACGUGAUUUCCAAAUAAUCAACGUCUGGUUCGAAGUUAUAGACCAAAAAUGUAUUUUAUUUUUGUUUGAUUUUUUCCUGCUUUAUAUAAACCUGUAUAUUUUUUAACAACUAGAUAUAAUAGGUCUUAUAUUUAUAUCUAAGAGACUAGGACACUGAAUACAUCAGGAGUACACAGUAUAAAAUACAUUUAAAUUCUUAUCAUUUAUUCAUAUUUAUUAAAUUGAUAAUAAUCAUUAUUAAAAGGGACAAAGAAUGGCCCAUUCUGUAUAAGUCAAUGAAAUCGAUUUACUUUAUGUGCAAAAGUGUCGAGAUCGUGCAUAUUUGGUAAUACGAGUAUCUAUGGGCGCCCGGAGAGGGGGAAAGACGGGGCAUCUGACUUCCCCCCUGGACUUCAAAAUUUCAAAUAUAAUUUUAAUAAUUAGAUAAUUUAUAUCAUUUUGGUGUUUGAUUUUAUUAUGCACCUUCUUAUAUCGGCCAGUACAUCAAAAGGCUUUUUUUUUUAUCUGUAAACAAUAUUUCUACCAGAGAAUACUUACUCAGAUUUCUAAGUGUAGCACCUUUUCUGAAAAAAAAUCGGUGUGGAGGGAUACUUUAAGUAGCAAAUUUUAAGAUUUUAUCACGAGUUUUCUUAUAAAAUUUGAAAACCGAAAAAAACAAGAAAAUGUACAAAAUAUAUUAUUAAAAUAUUUUUUUUUUCCUGUCCACAACUUUUUAAUCAGCAAAUUUCUUCUAACUUUUAAUGAAAGCAAUGUUUAUGAAAUGAAAUUUCUCUAGAGAGGUACUAUAAAAAGGUAAUUUUUCGAUUUUAUCAGGAGUUUUCUCAUCGAAUUUGAAAAACCGAAAAAAAAUGGGAAAAUAUAAGAAAUGUAGGUAUUAGAAUAUAUUAAGGCCUUUUUUUUCCUGUGAACAACUUUUGAACCAAUAAUUUCGCUCAAAAUUUUAAUGAUAGUAAUGUUUCUAAAAGGAGAUUUUUCUAGGGAGUUCCUAAAAGAGAUCAUUUUUUGAUUUUGUCAGAAGUUUUUUUAUCAAAUGUACAAAACCGGGAUAAAAAAUGGGGAAACCAGAAAAAACGUAGGAAAACUAAGAAAAUCGGUACAACAUUAAACAAAUAUUAUUAAAGAAAGUAUAUAGAGUCUAUUUAAUUAUUUUACAAUAAUAUAGCAUAUAUAUUGUUAACAAAGCAUCACUAUCAACUAAACUCUGCUGAGAAACGUUUUUUCGUAAGCAAUGGUUUUAUCGUUGCUUACAGAUAUGUACAUUAAAUUCCUGUCUGUACUCUACCUUCCCAACUCCCCACCUACACUAGUGGUUGCACCCAUUCCUAUUAUCUUACCUUUUUUAAGAUUUUAAUUAGUUUAAUACUAAAUGCAGGAAAUUUAUACAGAAGACGGUAAUCAAAAUAUUAUAAAUUUAAAAAAAAAUAUAAACUAUUUUGUAUAGUUUUAAAUUUGUUGUUACAUAGAAAAUUCAAAAUUCCAUAAACAGUUUUCUAAUACUAAGAGUAAUACAAAGUCUGUCAUCGUUUAAAUGAUGCGAUUUGUUUUCUGAAGAAAAGUAAAAGAAUAUGAGAGUUAUAAUAUAAACACCUAGGCAUAUUAAUGUAUUUUACACAAAGUUUUACUUCGACGUAUUAUGCACCCAGUAUAUAUUUUUAAAACGUACAAAAUGUUCGUCUCUACGUAAAAUUUGUAUGUUCUCGACCGUGUGCACGACCUAUCUGCGCUACGCGUAUGUUUUACAAUAUUUUUGAAUUUCGCGUUUUGUAUCGACUAUACAAUAGAUUGCAAUUGAUCGAAAACGACAUUACUGCCCACUGUGUGUGUGUAUAAUGUUUCUUCAAAAAUAAAAUGCCAAGAAAAAAAACCCUUCAGAAUUUCACGUAUUACUCUUCAAAACGCGUACGUGAAUCACAAUACCGGGCAUCACGAAUCCCAUUUGUAUUCACACGUUAUAUUCCAUUUAGUAAAACACAAAAAUUACAACGGGAAUAAAAUACUAUGAUGUCAAUUCCGUUUCAAUCCGUCAAAAUAUGUUUGUAAUAAUCUUAUUUAACUUUACACGUAAUGACAGUUUUUUCACCACAGAUUUCCCCUUCACCAUUAUACUUGUAAACCAUAAUAUUAUAUCGGGGGUGUACUAAACGACGUGAGCAUAAUUACAAAAUGAAUCGUUAAUCUCGUUUGUUUUCGACGUUUGUAAUAAUUUACAAGCCGGUAAUGGAAUAUACUUUAUACUGCCUCCCCCCCCCCUUUCUAGAGGUGGAAACGAUUUUCCAAAUUUUCUCUGAUUUGAUAAAAUUUAAAUGUUUUUUUUUCCUUUUAGUCGUUUUAUAGAAAAAUCUAAUAAAUGAUACGAUUUUUGAAUUAAUCUACUGUCGGAUUCGUAUUUAAGGAGAAGGGCUCACGGCUAUUUUACGAGCAAACAUAACGUUUUAGAGUCUAAAACGUCAUAUUAUUAUUGGUCUAAAAUUUACUCACCACUACUAUGUUUUAAUUUCGAAAACAUAUUGGAGUUCUUUUAUUUAUUGUCUAUUUUCUGUAGGAUAUAUUAAUUGUUCGUUUUAGGUUCUAAGGGAAGUGAGUAAUGUAUUGGUUUAAUUUUAAUGUCUGCAAUUUUUAAUUUUUUUCUGUCUAUAAUCGACUUUUCUACCAAUAAUCUUAUUCCAAUCAAAAAACGGCAUAAUAGAUUUCUUUCUGCAUUUUGGAUUUCAUUGGUGUGAAAGAAGAUUGUAUUUUGAUUUUUCGUGUAGUUUUCUAAAUAACAACAACGGGAAAACACGCAUAAUUCGUUCGGCAGGAUUACUUUGUGGAUAAUACACACUUGUGGUCGUUACCGUGACACCUGACUCAAAUAUUCGUGACUGCCAUAUUUUGCUAAGAAACUAUAAUUCAUGGUUAGAGACAACGGUACGUGAUGUUCCAUGGACUUUAAUGUAGUCAUUGAUCAUUCGAUGAUUGGUGAUCAAUACGGUGAUGGCACGUUUGAUCGCAAAUAAUCGGACGAAACAGAUAAAGCAGCCGAGGACUACGAAAAUAUAUCUGACGUGGUUCCAUGCAGUUAGUAAUGGACUGUAAAUAUCGACACAAACUCGAGCUAGGGGUUCGAUUGCUUGAGUAUGAUACAUUUUACCUUCGACUCUUAUAGUAGAGAAUUUUGCCUUUUGGCAGACAUUGCAACUUUUAAUGACACGUCGGACAUUCCUGUGGAUGGCAGAGAAAUAACACUCACUGCAGAUAAUGAUUGCACACUUUUUGGGUCCCGUGUGCCCAAGAUGAUGAUGAUUCAUUUUAUCCGACGAGUGUCUAGACAAAACCGGACAGUUCGGUCAGCCUUGCCCACACAAAGAAUUGGAUUUUUUAAGGCGAGGAACAUUGAUCGACGACCCCCCGCCAAUCAUUCGGGUGAAUUCCUUAUCGGCCACUGGUCAACGUGAAACGGAAAUUUAAUUUGAUCAGAUCUUGAAUGGAACGUCUUCCGUGACGCUGAACUCACAGGUGUACAAAGAAUGUAGACCCGGACGGAAGUAAAAAAUGUGAUAGUAUCGGUGAAAAAGAGCCGACACAUGUCUAUACUGUUCGGUAGUAAUCGUGGAUAACGACGAGAGAUGAGUUUGUAUAUUCGCAAACGGUUCUUAGUCUUUAUCGUCGGAGAUGUUUAUACUGUGCAGUUCUUACGGAUCGAACGGUGGAUUUAUAUAAUAUGCUGCCAGAUAGAUACAUUGGUCAGGAACGGUCCGAUCGAUAUUUGUGAGGUGUGACCGAGAUAAUGAAAAAUACGUUGACUGGGUUUUGGAACCUGGUGUACGAGUCGGAAAAGAGUACUCGACAGUCCCGUAGUCCCAUCCUGAGAAAUAAAAUACUCGUUGAGAGUACCGCAUGUCUACCUUGUGGUGGGACAACCAGUCGUUGCCCAAAAUCAUGGAAGUAGCGAGAUGUUGGACCAUUAGACAGAUACAGUCACAAAGAUGUCCAGAAACGGUGAACGGCAUUAGUAUUUGUUUUGAUAACUUUUCGGCUACAGUUUUCUACGGCAGUCGUGAUGGUCACUCCGGAACGGGUCCGGAGAGGCGUUGUCCUUCGGGAAUAGAUUCGAGAGUUGAGCAGAAAAAUACCUAUAUCUGCACAAUCCUACCAUUCGUAGAGUAAAAGCGCGUACCGGUUUUGUACGUCACAUGUUAUUUCUUAUAAUAUGUUUGAUAAGUGCAAACGAAAUUUGUAUUCGUUUUAAUUUCUAUUCGUGUCGGAACUUAAGGAAUGGUGUAUUAUUUUUUUUGUUGGAAUUUACAUAUGCAUAUUGCAUACCCUCAGGUGACUUGUACCUGCUAUAUUUCGUAUGGGAACUUACAUUUAAGUAUGAACUUAAACACAAUUAGCCAUUUUAACUAUAAAUACAGAUGUCCCGUAUACAGUUUUAAAUUACAGUAAGAUGAAAACCAGUUAAUUUGAAUUAACUGAUAACCGAUUGGUAUUUUACUAUGCAUAGUAAAAUCUCCAUCCAUUUUUAAAAUCUUAAGCUAUGCAAUAAUAUAAUAUAUUCGUAUUGUUCCGCAGACAUUCCAGAACUUUUGGUAUUGGAAGCCAUGAAUAAGACCAAACGCAUCGGGUACAUUUACUUGACUCAGUGCGAGGCCUUGUGGAGUCAAGAAUCAGAAACAGCCUACCAGGUAGCCAAGACUAUUGUAUUGUACGUUCUGCCAUUGUUACUCAUGUCCAUCACCUACUAUCAGAUUGUCCGCGUAUUAUGGAAGUCCGACAACAUACCCGGGCACACGGAAACCGUGCAAAUGUUCAGCAACGGUCAGUAUAUAGUAUGAUCAAAAUAGUGUAAGACGUUUUAUUAUAUCGAAAGAAUUAAUUUAUUUUCAGCAUUUUUUUAUUAGAAAAUAUAAGAAACAAACGGAUCUAAAACGUUCCAUUACCGUUAUAAUAUUUUGGGGUGAAACUGCUACCCACUUUUGAUUUUCAGCAACCUAUAUUAAUAAUCCAUAAAUAUACUUACAAAGUUUUAGUUUCAAUCAAUUUUGCUAUUGACUUUUUUAAUUUCCAUCAACCCGUUAACAAAAUAUUUCACUCUCAAAUUUGUAUAGUUUUAUAGUAUGAUGAGAGUAGAGCAUCAUUAGUGUGAUAGUGAGACAUUUACAGUGCUUCACACCACUAGCGGUUUUACGGGGAGGAGGGAGGUUGGACCCUCCUCCGAAAAUCCAAGUUUAGACUACGAGAAGAAGAUUUUAUAUUACAAUUUUUAAACUAAACUUAAACUUUAUUGUUGAUCAAAACAGUCAUGUUACAUUCAUGUAGGUAGUUAAAAAAUAAUAUGUAAGUUAAUUAAAAUAAAUUGAUAAAUAUUGGGAAAAUAUAUGUUGUAUAUUAAAUACAUUGUAAGUUAAUAUCAAAGGACCCUCAUUCAAAAAAAAAGUUCAAAAAUCGCUACUGUUUCACACCCUAAAAUAAGGGCGACCAAAAAUAACAGCAAUGUAACAUUGUAGAGCGGCUUAUUGUUUCAGAUAUUUUAUUGAAAACAAAUUCCGUAAAAAGUUAAUACUUUUCGAGAUAAGUCCGAGAUAAUCCCGGAGAAAAUAUUCGAACAAUUUCAUGUUACAAAUUUUUGUAUAACUAUUUUUUUUUUUACGUAUCAACUUAAAAACUGGUUUAUUUUAAAAUUAAACUAAAUCAAAUUGCAAACGUACGUAUGUAACGUUGAUUUAUGUUAAAGUUCUAAUAAAACUUAAAUAUUUUUUGCAGCAAUAUAUGAAAAAUACAGACACACAAUUAUUUAAUAAAUUAAAUAAAUUUAUUUUUAGUAUUGAUGUAUUGAUUUUUUUAAAAAACUGAAAACCGAUCAUAUAUUAUUUGUUAACUGCCUCAGGGUAUUAUAAGACGCAUUGAGUUUAGUAAACCCUACGAUUAUAUGUGACUGGAUAAAUGAAGACAAACGUCAGAUAUUUUAUGUGACAAGAGAAUUCCAAUAAGAUUUAAAAUUAAAUUAUAAAAAUCCUUCACACGAUGGGUGGACCACUGUUUUAGGUGAGAAUUAAGGAAGGUAGAGGGGAAAUUUAAUGUAUAUUUGUAUGCAAUGAAUAAUCAUUACUAAUGAAAAACGAUUUUAAGGUUGUACAUGCUUUGAUAGACUGUCAUAUUUACAAUUUAAAAAUAAUAUGUUCCCGUUUCUUACGUUUUUUAUCGAUUUUUCCCAUUUAUUAUAAAAACCCCUGAAAAUAAUUAAAAAACUACCUUCUUAAAGUGCCACCCAAGUCAAAUUUCCUUUCAUAAAAAAUGCUAUACUUGAAAAUCAGUUCAAAAUUUCUGGUAGAAAAGUUGUCCACAGAAAAUAAAAAAUAAAAAAUAAACAUCACUGUAAAACCAAUACGUGGUGGGACUGACUAAGUUGUAUAGUUUGGAGUGUUGGGCGGUAGACAGAUAAACAAAACUGAGAAUGAGUGUAGCAGAGAUGAAUGCUUAAGUGGAUAAGAGGAUUAAUGAUAAAAGAUUAUAAUAUUAGGAAUGAAGAGGUACUUUAGCGUAACUUCGGUAGUGGGUCGAUUAUAGAAAAUAUACUGAGAUAGUUUGGGCACGUUAUAAGGAAGAGGAAUAUAAAACAGUGAGAAUUGUAAUACAUCAGAUGUAUACAUGUAAUAUAUAAGAAGUAGAAUAAAACCGAAAAGAGGUGAUUGGAUGCGGUUAAGAAUGAUAUGAGAACAGCAUAUAUAAACAAGGUGGGAUAUCAGAUCAAGUGGAAGUUUAGAAUAAAAGUGGCCAAUCUCACAUAAGACUUCUUAUUUUAAAGUAGCCAAUUUCAGGUAUUCAAUAUAUAACGUGUCAAAUAAAAAAAGUUAUUCACAAUUGAAAAAAUCACUGAUUAAGUUGUUUAACACAAGUUAAAAAAGUAAUUGCCCAAGUUAAUUUUGUCCUUCUAACUAUAGCUAAUGCACAGCAAAAUGAUUAUCAAAAAUCCUAAAUUCGGAAAUUCGUAUUAUAAUUACUUGACCUUAGUGCAAAUUUAUAAAUAAAAUAAUGUAAAAUAAAAAAAAAAAAUAGAAGUUUUGAACAUUUUUAAGUAUGUUUUAAUGUUUUUAGGCGUUUUAAAUACCAACAAUACUGAUUAUUUUUAAUAUUAUAAUAUUAUUAUGUUCACAUAUACGUUAUUUACAGUUCAAUUCAUCAAAUCUAAUAUUAACACUACAAUAAUACCUUAUUUUUUUUUUAUGUUAAGUCAUUUUCAACUUACUGCGUAUUAAAACAAUCUGUAUAAAUAAUAACCAAAAAAAUAUUAAUAUUGUAGGUAUAAAGAUACCUGCAUUCUUUUUUUUUUUUUUUUUUUUUGUAUUCUCUUAUACAUUUUUAAUGAUAUCAAUUUAUAACUAAUACAACCACAUAAAAUUGCUGUUUUAAGUUAUGAUAAAAAUAUUUUAAUAGAAUAUUUUUUUUAUUUUUUUUUUUUUUAAUUAUAAUGAUGAAAAAAGCCCGAAAAUAAUAAUAAUACUCAAAAGAAACGUCCGUACAUUUUUAUUUAUUUACCCGAGAAAGGAAGGCAAAGUAGAAAUAUAAUUCAAAGAAACACAAUAAUCAUAUUAUUUUGUAUAUUUUCACCGUAAGUAACAAAAAUAAAAGAAAAAAAGAGCUGAUACUGGGGACGGGUGCGGCCACUGUUGUAGGUGAGAAGUUGGGAAUGUAGGAUACAUAAAAUUAUUUAAUUUAUAUGUAUCUGUAAACAACGAUAAACCAUUGCUGACGAAAGAUAAUUCAGAGCGUAGUUUGGUAACACAUAAUUUGAAGUGCCGUAAUUUUUUUUAAUCCAACCUUCCUACGUUUUUUCCCAAUUUUUAAAAACUGCAUCAUUAUAAACAAGGUUAAUAGUUCAACAAAAAAUGACUUUUUCGUUAUUCAAUUGAUGUCAUAUUUGUGCUAAAAAACGUGGUACGUACUUAUUAAAAAAACCAAUUCGUGAAAAAAUCAUAUUUUUUUCCCUGGUUAAUCGUUUUUAUUUUAAAUACCGUUUCGAAAACCAAAGAAUGACUUAUAUAUUUACCAAUUAGAUAAAAUUGACUUUCAGAAACGGUGCUCCACUUAUACAUCGGAGCAAGUUUUCUAGGAUAAAAGUGGUCUACAGUAUAAAAAAAAAAUAUAUUAGAAAAAAUUUAAAAAAGAAAAAAAUUCGUCCGAUGAAUUUAGAAAUUUUACAACGUCUAGAUAAGUCUAAUAUAAUUAUUAUUACUAAGUUUCAAGUCUCUACGUGUAUUUAUAAUCGAAUCACAGCAAAAAAUCUCUGAAAAAUUUAAAUUCCUUAAAAGCUCAAAAGUAUUGGUAAUGAUACCAUAAGAAAGUAAAUCAAAAAGGCAACAAAAAAUAUGUUUUGUGAUUUUCGUUUAAAUCAAUUUUUCUGGUAAAAAAAUGUUAUCCGUUAUUUUAUAAAAUAAUGAAAUCGUGAAAUUUUAAGUUUUCCUACGUUUUUUCCCACUUAAGUGCUAUUAUUUAAAAAAUGGCAUCGAAAAUCAAAAAAUUAUAUGUUUAAAGUAUAAUCUAAACAACUUGAGCUUUCAUAAACUUGCUACACGUAAAAAUCGGACCAAGUUUAAUAGGAAAAAACGUGUCCACAGACUAGAACAAAAAAACAAACAGCCUUGUAAUGCCAAUAGCUCUCAGGUUUGAUUCGUCGUUUUUAAUAUUUGAAUACCUUGCGCGUUGUCCGUACACAAUACACGUUUAUUUCUCGAUGUAUAAAAUUACGUGAGUUUAAAAUAAUAAUUUAUUUUAAUCCAUUAACCAUAUACACAUACCUUUUUUUGACUGAUAGAGAGGGACAUAAAAAUAAAAAAAAUUAACGAAAAAGAAAAAAACGAAAAGACGCGUUCUGUUUUGUCUAGAUAAGAGUAUAUACCUAUUUCUUUUUUGUCUAGAUAAAUAAGAAAUAAAUUAUCCGAGAUAAAUAAUCGAUUCAUCUAGAUAAUGUUUUUUAGAUUGUAAUUUAUAAAUUUAUCAUUAAAUAGGUAACCUAUUACAUUUAUAUUAAUAAUGAUUUAAUAAUUUAAUUAUUACCAAACGACCUUAAUGAAAUGUGAUUUUCUAUCAAAUCAGAUACAAUUUUAAUCCUUUAAGCAUUUAGUUAUUUAUGAAAGGAACCGAACAAAAUUAUCUUUUUUUUUUUAAUUUAGAUAAAAUAAAUGCCCAAACAUUUAUCCUUAUCUAGAUCAUUAAAUAAUUAUGUAUCUAUUAAUUUCAUCUAAACAAUUAUUCUAGAAAUUAUCUGUUAGUUAUAUUUAUAAAUUCAAAAAUUUAUCUUUACAACAUUGCCCCAGUCCCAGGCAUAAAUUUAGCUGGAGACAUCAUCCACUUCAGCAGCGAUUUCACGAUUAUCGAUACAUCCGCACUCACGCACCGCCUGGCUCUGUUUUAAUUCGAUUACCUUUGUGCUUGUUUAAUUAAUACGCAAUGUAUGCAGCAUACGCCUCUGUACUUAACAAUUAUAAUAUAAUACUAUUACGUUUUCGUCUUUCGUCGAAUGUCUGUAUAUGUUAUAUAUAACAAUAUACAUAUAUUGAAAUUAAUUAAUAUUAUAAUAAAUAAAUUUCAUUAUUUUUAUCAUUUAAAAUAAAUAAAAAUCAAGAUUUGGUACCAGAAACCACCCUCCGAGGGCGAUGACUAACAAAUUUGUUGGAUUGAUUGGAUCGAAGUCUACUAAUGUUGCGCUGACAAGUUCACAAGAGUGCAUAAAAUAUUACAAAUUGUUUGUGACGUAUUUUAAAACAUUCUCAAAAUGUAUCUAAAAAAUGUAAAGAAAACUGAAGACUAACUUAAUACAUCGAUUUUACAUAUUUUUGUUGAUUUUUGAAUUACUUUGGCUGAAAGGGCGAAAAGCACCUAUACUAGUUAUCAAGCUUCGCUCAAAACUAUGUUUUGAUUCCAACAAUCUAUCAUUGCUUUCAAUAUAUAAACUUAAUUAACUUAUACUCUAUAUGUUCUCAACUUUCCCGCUGCAACAGUGGGUAUGCUCAUGAGAGGAUAGAGAAAAGUGUAACCUAUAUUUUUAUUAAAACUUAUAACUGACGUAUCGAAUUAAAAUAGGUAUACCUAACAAGACGUUUUUAUUAAACAUUUUCUCUCCGUGUGUUAUAUAGUUUACGUGGGACGCAAGGGACAAAAACAAACUGAAAAAAUGCAUUUUUCAUCAGGCAUCUUUAUUUAUUCUAAGACCGGGUCCUGACACGUAUAGUACAUCGUACAACUUGAAAACUGAUUUAAUUAUAAUAAAUAAACGAUAUGUUUACAUACAAGUAUUUAAGAGUGUUGUAUAUUACGAAAAUUGGACAAUAUGUAAAUUUCGUCCUAUUUAAAAUUUUUUUUAUUUUUUUAUGCUCGGAAAUAAUAAUUUUAUCGUGUUAAUUGAUUUUUUUGAAAAAUUCAAAUAAUCAAAAUGUUAACAGGUUUUUUUAUGGUUCUGCCAAUAUAGCAAUUACUCUUAUUGUUUUGGUGUUUUCGACUGAAAUAUCCUAUGUAAUUUUAUAAAUAAACAAAUCGGCGAACAACAAACAAUGUUCGUCGUCAAUAAGAAAAUAGAAGGCGCUGAUCGAAAAAUAGAUUCUUAGAACCACUUAUUAGUUAUCCUAUCACUUAUUAGUUGUUAGUUGAACACCAAAUAGCCGAAUACCUAUGGUUUUGCAUAUAUUGUUGAGGUUCGAAUUAUGUAACAAUGAACUCAGUUUUUAAUAUUUUAUUUAGUUUUUACUGACAUUAUUCAUUUUACUCCAGAUUACAUGUCAUAGUAUUUUCAAAUAUGUACAUAUAUAUAUUAAACUAUUUUCAAAAAUAGUGCGUUUUAUUGCGCAUUUUGGUGAAUUGUUCGAAAUAUGUUAAAUGCAUUUCGAGGUGCUUUUAUUUAGAGAAGAGAACUGCAGUAUUUUUAUGAGGUAAUUUAACAUAUAAAAUGUACAACCCUACAUAAUUAUUUUAAUAAUUUCUAGUUAUAUUAUUUUUUUACAUAUAUAAUUAAAAAAUGAACCUCAUAAAUGACUACCAAAUACCCACUUUUUAGGAAUGCACGUGCACGAGUAGAGUAAAAACUUUAUUUAUCGAGUCGACCAAACCGCAUCCGUAAUAAUAAUAUAUUUGACGAGAUUUAUGCUGACGAUAAAAUGUAUAGUAAUAACAUAAUAAUCAUUUCAGGAUUCAACAGAAACGCGAACACGGGGUGUACCAGCACGAUGGCUCAGAUAAAAGCCAGGAGGAAAGCGGCAAAGAUGUUGGUGGCAGUUGUGGUCAUGUUCGCCUUGUGUUUUUUUCCCGUGCACUUGAUGAACUUAUUGAGGUGAAAAUUAUUAUUUUUUUGUACGCCAUAUUAUUUUAAAAAAUAUGCCCGUGAAUCGAAAAAAUGGGUAUUUUGGAUUAUUUUUUAUCGUUAACGAUAACUUUUUUAAGUUUAUACUUAUUCUACUCGGAAUCGAUUUUCUCCUUAAUUUUUUACAUUUUAUAUCACUCUAAGGGUGGGUCGAAUUUUAAACUGUCUGUAUUGACUUACUCAAUCAUAUUAAUGCGCUUACAACUCUAUAUAAAUUAUCUCUUAAAAGACCGUAGAGGUCUGAAUUUUAUUCGUUUACUUUUAUAGAUCGUUGUGAUCAAUGCGUAAUCCGUAAUGUCUGAUCGGAUUUGUUUUCAAUUUGUAGGUAUAUCAUAGGAAAAAUACUAUUCAAUAUAGACAAUGACGCUGUGUUUAAUCUUAAAUUGCAAUGGAUUUGUCGGCAUCGUCAUCCCUAUGAUAAUGAUUUUAUUACUAUGGUUCUAAUUACGUUACCAAGACCACGAUAUUUCCGUGAUUAGCCUAAGGUGUAAAGCACUCAUUAGUGUAUAUUUCCAAUAAAUAUUCAGGGACACGUCUGAUGAAGAUAAAGGAGUAAUGAUUUUAUCAAUUAUAAUCAUUCAACGUUAUCAAAUAUAAUAUAUAUAUAUAUACAAAAUGUCCUACGAUGAUCUGCCACUUGAGAUAACUUUUGCUCCAUCCAAAUUUUUUUUUAAAAAAUUAGUAUAAUAGUAUGCCUUUACGCUACAGUUAAUGUAUAUACAUCAAAUGAAAAGGAUUUUCUUUUUUGUAAGUUAAUAUUACAGAACAUCUCAGUAAUAUUACUUAUUAAAUAUUAUAAUAAAUUAUAAACCACAAUAAUAUUUACAUUUGCCAAAACUUUAAAAAUUUGUAGAAAAUAAAAGACCAUACGUAAACAAAAGUUUCAAUCUCAAAAAUUGUCUAAAUUGUCUAUUUCACCAAAUGGCUAUUUUUAAUUUUUUUAAAAAAAUUAUAGUAAAAUUUUAGAUUUAAAUUUUAAGUUCCCUUACCUAUUUUUUUUAAAAAAAUCAAUUAAUUUUACUACAGGUGCAUAUUAAUUAUUUAAAACAAAUAUUGAACAGAACAAAAGUUAUUUCAAGUUGCAGAUCAUAGUGGAAUACCCUGCAUAUGUUGUCAUAAUGUGGUUAACAUUAUCUAGUAACAUUAAGUUACAAAAUAUAAUUUUACACAAGUACACAAAAUUAUAAUAUUCAAUACGUUACAUAUUUAUUAUAAUUUUACGGAAAAUAGACCUAUAUAAUUGCAGGGUCGUUAAUAUAUUUGUUUAGAAUUUUUUUUAUAAAACCCGGCCUAAAACAAAAAUACAAGACGAAAAAAUAUACAGAUUAAACGCCAUCAUAUUAUAUUUCAAUGGUUUCGACGAACAUAUAAAAUUUCAAAAACGUGGGACGAUCGAUCCUGAGUAGAUAGUCUGCUUUACGUCUAAAUCAUUUUUAUAUUAUGUUCACGAAAUUAUAUUAGUUUAAUAUUCAUUUCGGAAAACUGUACUAUUCAGGGUACAGGAUAACACGAUUCAAAAUAUUCGUUCAUCCGCAACUUUAUUUUAAUAUAUCGACCUAUAUAUAAACAAAUAUAAUAGGCACGUCGCACGAAUAUUUUUUUUCAGGUAUUCCAUUUUUUUUUUUGUUGCGGCUCUGAAAGUGCGAACAAUUUAUGUAAAAAACUAACGAAGUAUGAUAAAUACCAUAGCGUUGACAUUUCUACAUAAACAUUCAUAUUUUAAGUUUUAAUAAAUCUGUCGGAAGUAUUUUUCUAUAUGCAGCUUAUAUUAUUUUUAAUGUGAGUUUUAAAAAUUCAUACUUCGGUAGUCGUUAUCACAACGGGUAUUAAAUGUGCACGGUUUUUUUGUACGAUAAGUUUUUGUUUUUAAUACCUAAAUAAAUAAAUACCUAUUUUAAUUUCCGGAUUUAAAUUAAUUCAAAUUUGCGAAUAUAGCAUUUAUUGACGAUACAAAUAGUAUUUUUUUUUUUUUUUUUUUUUCAUAAUAGUUUAUAAAUUUAAAAUUUUUACCGGAAAUGAUCCAUGGUCGUUGUUCGUUUGGGGCCUUCGACCUUGUACAUUCGCUCGCUUAUGUCGGGAAUUUUUCGAAAAUAACCUUCGAUUUAUUAUGCAAAACCACGUCGGUUAGAUCAAAAAGAAAAAUUUUUUAAAUUUUUUUAUGGAAUUCCGGAUUUUGAUAAAAUAGUAUGUUAAUUAUAAAUUUAGAAAUGUGAUAUUGAUAACAAUACCGUGAUUGUUUAUUCUUCCUUUUUUAUAUUGUACUAAUUUUGAUUUCUGAUUUUUUAAUAUUCUGGGCAAUUAUUUAAUAUAAAUAACAAGACAUCUUUCCAUCACCACCUUAAUGAUAUUAUAUUAUGUUAUAUUUCAAUAUUAUUUAUUGAACAGUAUAGAAAUAUUAUUAUUAUUAUUGAUAAUGGUUUGAAUUAUAAAGGUUAAGUUAUAGAUGUAGAAUAAAUGUCAAUAUCAUAACCAAUGUUAAUGAAAAAAAAAAUGUAAGAAUAACUAGAUACAGAUAAUGGAUGAUUACUAGAAAAAUUUUAUAAACAAAGAAAAAAAUCUACACAACUAGAUAAAGAUGAAGAUUAAAUAAUUAGUAAGUUUUUAUUUAGAAUAUACUGCACAUUGGCAUAUGAAAUAUGAAUUAUAUUUAAUAAGUGGCGUUUGUUAAGUUUUGGCACCAGGUGGUUAUUAAAAUAUUGUCAAAAAAAAAAAUAAUAAUAAUAAUAUAAUAAAUAUCAAAAUUAUAUAAUUCGUAUUAUAAUGCGAAUUUCCGGCAUUUGAAAUAUCUAAUUGAAAAGUUUAUUUUUAAAAAAAUUUUUUCAUUGCUUUAUCGAAAUAUUCAUAAUACAUUUCUUACAUUUUCCCAUAGCCCCAUUUUCUUUCAGAAAAAAUGCGAUCACUGUAAACUGAAGCGAAAUUGCUGGUAGAAAAGUUGUUCACAGGGAAAAAAAAGGCCGUAAUAUUUUUUUACUAAUAUCUACAUUUUGUAUAUUUUCCCGUUUUUUUCGGGUUUUUCCGAUUCAUUAGAAAAAUGACCUCUACAAUGUACCUCCACAAUCAGAUUUCCUUUUAGAAAGAGUAAUAUCAUUGUAAAUCAAAGCAAAAUUGCUGGUAGAAAAGUUAUCCACAGAAAAAAAAAAACAUUGUAAAACCAAUACAUUCCUUGCUCCGCUCAGAAUCUAAAAUACAAAUUUAAAAAAAUAGUUCGUAUACUUUUUUCCCGUUAAUUAUAGUAUAUCAUAUAAAUAUACCUGUUAAUAUUCACACGAAAUAUGUAAUGCUAUGUAUGUACCAUGCACAUUUCGUUUCUCCGUGAAACAGUCAAAUUAUAAUAUAUUUACCGUGCGCGAACGUCACUAUCAGUUUUUCUUCUUCGAUCAAUAAUAAUUGUAUUGGACAACUUCAAUUAAUAUUUUACGUUAGGAGAUAAAUAUAUGCGUAUACAUACGCAUUUUAAACCUGACGCCCGGAAAGAAAACAUAAAACAAAUAAUCGUCAUCACCCGCAAAUUUUGAAUUAUUAUACGUAAACAGCCGUCGCGUUUUGUUUUCCUCGUACUCCGCGCGUAGUGGCAUUUUGACAGACAGUCGAAAAAUGUGCGGUGACAUAUUUUAAUGGUCUUAUUAAAAUCACGCAUAUUGACUCGACUCUUAAUGAAUCUUCUAGAUGGAAUGUGUGUUAUAUUCACUGUAAAUUCUAAAGGUGAAUUUUUUUUGCAGAACUAAGGCUUUUAGUCAGAGCCGAUAUGAGUAAAAAACAUGGUUUAAAGAAGAAAAAAAAGUAACCAGACAUUUUUACGGUUUAAAACAAUUAAAAAACGAUGUAUAUUUAUUAGUUAUUAAUGGUAUACACCUACAUUACUUACAUAAAAGCGUAUAGUGAAUUACAAGGUGUAAGGUCUUAUCUUAGUAAAAUAAUCGUUUCAAUUUUUCACUAUACGAUAUUAUUUACAUUGUUAACGUUUUGUAAUUUUUAAAGAAGUAAUUUAUUUUAUUCAAAAAAUUCUAUAAUAUAAAUGAAAUGUACAUUUUAAGUUAACUCUAGUCCUGUGUGUUUUGAGAAAUAUCAGACUAUUGUUUAUAGUUCUAUAUAAGAAAAAAAAUAAAUAUUGUUCGAUUCAAAUUUAAAAUUGAUUCAACUUUAAAUAGUUUUAACUCGUGAGUAUUUAGUUUUGCCAAAUGUUCACUUCGAUGGUGGGAGGUGAUCUUGAAAGACUAUAGGGAACCGGGAGCAGGAAAAAUUAAAAAAAAAAAAAAACGCCAACCUGCCGAAUCGGUGGAACCUCUAUUUUUGUAUUUUUUUUAUCGUCCGAAUACGUUUUAUUAUUAAGCAAUGUAUAAUAUUAUUUUGUGGUACAAUAGACGUCACGAUACCUAUCGUGGUUUUUACCGUCCGUGAUUUCGUAACCACCGUCUGCACCGUCGGCGGUAUGCAUGAAUAUUUACACACGUCCAAAUAUAAUUUAAAUUUUAAUAAUAAUAUAUGCGCGAAUAACAUAUUAUAUAGGUAUGGGUAUAUAUGUAUAAUCCGUAAUUUGAAAAGUUUUCCGUCCUUUUAUAUGAAGUUAUAAUAAUAAUAAAUAUGCACGAAAAAGCGAAUAAAGUAAACCGAAUCUAAUGAAAAUGUUAUAUUCGCCAUGGACCAUGAUUUCGGUUUUAAUUAUAAUCGGAAGGCGAAGGCGAUGAACGUAUUUUAGCGGUAUCUAUAGGCAAUUCCCGUUAAUAUCAUUCUCUAAACGUUUGUUACAGUGGACGCUUCUCACAUAUUCAACUAUUGUAUACGACCAUCGGCUAUAAUAUAGGUAACCGGACAUUUUGACGUAAAUUCGCGGUUUAUCGGUCAAAUGUGUGUCCAUUUCAUUCAUUUAAAGAAACAUCAUGAGAAUUAUCUACAACACAACUUACUUUAAACACUAUAUUAUGUACAUAAGCCACGAUUAUUUGUAUACUAUUUAUCGUUUAUCAUUUACCAUUUACCUAUAUCGACCUACGAUAAGAUCUUCAUAAAAUGACAACCGAAUCAAAAUCCAGGAAUCAGCUGGUUUCUUGACUGUUAGCGUUGUGAAAGAAUAUCAAGUUAAGAAAUCCCACACAUUUACACUAGGAAAAUACAAAUGCACGCGGAGCCAAUUUUAGUCGCGAGUAGACUUACAAAAAUUGUCCAAUUGGGGAUAAAUCGCACAAUCUGUGUUAUCUCAGUAUAUAAUUGUGAAUUAUAUGUUGCCUUAUCUACUACCCUAAUAAUAAUUAGAUUUUAUUUUAAUUAUAACUCGAAAAGAGUAAUAUAAGUAAUUAACAAAAGAAAAUAUUAUGUAAAAGAACCGAAUUUUUAUAUUGUUUUUUCUCAAAUAAAAGUUAACGAUUUUCAUAACCCAAAAAGGAGUUAUUCAAAAUUUCGUUACAACAGAGUUAUAAUAAAAGACGGACAUAUUUCGCUUGUGGGUGGGCCACUGUUGUAUGUAAGAAAUUUGGAAGGUAGGGUAUAGAGGGAAAUUGAAUGUAUAUCUGCAAGCAAAGAUUAAUUAUUGCUAACGAAAAACGAUUUUGAACGGAUCUCGGUCAAUAGUAUUGCUUUUUCAACGAUAUAUAACAAGUAGUCAAUUUAAGAGGUAAUUCCAGAAAAAUUUAAUAUUUUCCGAGAUAAUGAGUGUACCCACUUAAAUGAAUCAACUGGUAUAUGAUAUAUGAUUACAUAGUAAUAUACCAUGUGAAUCAUGUGAAUAAAAAUUGUAAUAAAUACAAGAAAGUUGUUACCAUUUGAGUAAAACACAUAAUAUAUUAUUACAUUAAAAGUCCGUAAUCUUCCUAGUGAUAAACCUAGUCAAAACUAGGUUUAUUUCUAGGAAUUAUAAUAAUCUCAUUUAUAUAUGCCUUGUAUAAGCUAAAAACGUUUGAUUAGCAGAUUAGACGACCAUAGUUUUUUCUGGUGAUCGGAUUUUAAAUGUAACAUAAAGGAAAACUCGUUAAAUAUAUGUUCGCUGUAUACGGUGAAGUUUCACUAUUUGAAUUAUCAGCGGGGCGCCAGAAAAACUAUAAAUAUAUAUUGGUUUCUCUGCAGUGUUUUUAACUUUCUUUGUCCGGUUAGAAUAUCGGUUCGGUCGCAUCGGGGUCCGGAAAUAUCGCACAGAACAGGAAAAAAAUGCUACACUGACGGCCGGCCCCCUGAAAAGUUUUGUAAACAAAGAGAAACCACGUUCAAGAAUAAAUAACAAUCAAUAUAUUAUUAUUUUAUUCUAUACAAACCAGAGAAGAUAGAAUAUACUUAUAUAUAUCUCAACCGAAAGUUUUAAAUUUUAUUAGAAAUUAAUGGAAUGACAUUAUUCGAAUAAAUACGUCCGAACUGACACUCACAUUUAUAUAUUAUAUCAAUACAAUAAUAAUUAUAAUAAUAAUAAACAUAAAAUGUCCAAAUACUAACAAGUCCGACGACUGUCAAAUUCUUUAAUAAAACUUUCGGCCGGAUUUUGGACGUUGGAAGUCAGGGACAUAUUAUGGGAUAUAUAAUAAUAUAUUAAUGAUAUAGUUUUACUAUCCCGAAGUAAAAUAAAACAACAGAACUGACGCGGACCGCCAUAAAAAGAGUAAUUUCAAAAUUGAGGACCCUCUUUAUAUGAAUUAUAAGUCCGGGGCAGCUGUCCUAAUAAUACGUUCACCCUAUGCUUUAUAACUGAAUGUAAAAAAAAAUGGAUAUACUUCGCACGAUGAGUGGGCCACUAUUGUAGGUGAGAAGUUGAGAAGUUAGGAUAUAGAGAGGAUUUAAUAUCUAUUUAUAUGCAACAAUUAAUCAUUGCUAACGAAAAAUGAUCCUGAGUGAAGUGUGGUUAUACAUGUUUUAAAAUACCGUAAUAUUUAUGAUUUUCAUAAAAAUUUCGUUUUAAAACUCUUAUAUUAGAAAAAAAAAAUACUACAUUAUACUCUAUUUGUUUUUUUUUUGAUCCCUAAAUUUCCGACUUUUAAUGAACCUCCUGCGAUAUUUUCAAGUAUUUCUGUUUAGUCUAACAAUUUUAUCCACAGAUUACCUACCAAAAUUACGUAAAAAACUCGCAAAAUUAAAAUGUCUAUAAAUAGCUCAAAAAUGUCUCAAAUAUUUUUUAAAUUUUACCACGGCUAGGUUAGACUAGAAAAAGUAAAUAUAAAUUUUCUGUUCUUAUUUCAAGUCACUACGAAUAUUUCAAACUGAAUAACAACAACAAAAUAAAAUUGAAAAUAUUAAAAGCGUUAUUAUUUUCAUACAUUUUCCCGCUUUUCCUACGUUUUUUCCCAGUUUCUCCGAAUUAUUGUUAAGUGCUUGGAAAAUCAAAAAAUGACCUCCUUAUGUACCAACUAGAUACAAUUAAAAUGUAUAAUGUUUAUAUUUUGAGGUGCAGAUAAUUACGUGCAGUUAUACGUACGUACAUAUUUUAGACAAUGCAAUUCAUAUUCUAAACGUACUCGGAUAUCUUUGUUCGUCUUCAGUCAAAUGAUAAUACUAGCAAAAUACGUAGGUUUAUGUAUUAUGUGUAUGCAAAGGAAACUAGAUGACAUAUUUUAGUAUCUACAUCAUUAUUUUAUGAGAUGUAUUAUAUACUAUUAUUAUUCUUUUUGGCCUUUAGGGUAAACUAUAUUUUUUCCAGUUGCUCGCGGAACACUAUAAUAAUUCUAUAUGGCAAACCGGCCGAGGGUAUAGUGCAGUUUCUUUUUUUUUUCAUUUGAUAUAUUUUUAGUGAGGUGUCGACCCACAAGAUCAGCACUUCAAAAUAAAUUGUCUGGCAUCAUUCCCCGUUCAACGUUUCUUCUGAACAAUAACUCUGUCUUCCGAAAUUCAACUAAAAUAACAUUGUAUUGUAUUUUAAUAUAAGAGAGGUUACCUAGUGUGCUUGUAGUGUUUUCCGUACAAUUGACACCUAUAAGUACUUAUAUUCUCGUAUAUUCUCACUUAUGUUUUUGAUUGAUUCUGUACUCGAAAACAUGUGGUCACUACGCCUAUGGUAGACUACAGCGAAUUCUAGAGUCGGUAUUUGGCGUUUACGCCAUUUCAUGUAAAGGCUCAAAUUCUCGAACACUAAACUGUAGUCAGCCACUUGUAGUUCUUUUAGUAAUGAGUAGUAUUAACCGCCUGACUGCCAUGUUGGUAACCGUCAAUAUUAUUCACCAAAAGUUUCGGGUUUUGUGUUUAGUUCAGUAUUCGUAACAGAUAGUCCACUACAUAAAAUUGUUGUAAAAAUCAUAAGUAAAGUAUAGAUUGAAGUAGGUAAAAAAAGAAAGAAGCCCGCUCUUUAUCCAAAAUAAUGUGGACCGUAAAUAAAACGAUUCUUCAACAUGAUUAGACAAACUACUUAAAUUGAAAAUUGUAUUAGUAUGUAACUAUGUAUAGAAAAUAAAUUACAUUACAUUAUGUCCGUGUAUUCUAGUUUCAAAUUAUUGAACAUUUUUAUGGAGCCAAUAAUGUUUUAUCGGAAUAAAUCGGAUAAAUAGUAUGCGAAACGCUUCGUGAUUUUUACGAUUUUCAUAAAAAUAUUUUUAACUUUCAAUGUCUUAUUGCAAGAAGAAAAAAUGUGACUAUGGAUUUUUGAUAUUUGUAGAUUUCUUUUUAUCUGAAUUCUAACCAAAAAAAAAAAAUCGAAAAUAACAAAUCUGUUAAUUACGUAAAUUGUCCGACUAAUUAGUCAAAAAGGCGUAGGAAACAUAUAGUUAUUUAUUUUUUAUCUUUAUGCAAUGAAAACUAAUUGCUGAUAAAAUACAAUUCUGAGAAAAAUUCGGCUAAACAUAUUUUGAAAUGCUAUGAUUUUCAUGAAUUCAAUUAAAAUUUGAACUCUAAAAUAAUAACUAUAAUAAAAACUAUUAAAGUUACGCUCAAUUUUUUUUUUUACCACCACGAAAUACAAAAUUUCCCCUAUGCAUCAAUAAAGUAAAAUUUUCUUUUAGAAAAAACCCUAGAAUUACUGAUCAGAGCAAGAUUUCUGAUAGAAAAGUUAUUCAUUAGUACAUCAAAUAGAAAAAAAAAACACAUUAUAGCAAAACGAAUACAUUCCCCGCUGCUCAAAGGAUCUAAAAAAUAAACAAAUCAAUAAAAUAUACAUAAUUGAUAUUAUAGACGAAAAGUUAUUUAAUAUAUUUUAAUAUUAUAGUUGGUUUUAAACAAAAAACAAAAAUGAAUUAAAAUCAUCGCUACGAAUACUAAAAAUUGCAAUAUAAAUUACACGCACAAAGCAUUGUAAAAUAUUUAACAAUAAUUUGUUUCGUCAACCCACAACGCUUUAUUGUUUUCUAUUUUUAUAACGCGAAAAGUUUUUAAGUCAGAUCGUCCGUUCUUCUAACAUAACAGCGUAAUUCAAAAUGGUAUCCUUUGCCCGGAGCGUUCCAAAAUAAAUCAUUGUGUUUUUCUUUUCAUAUUUUCAUCGCAUAUUUCCUCGUCUGUCAAUCAUCGUAAGGAUUAAGGCAUAAUAAAUCCUCCAAUCAUAAAUGUGUCCCAGCAGUUUAGGGUCCGGCGACGACGACGACCCUCCACACAUUUAUACGUAUUAAAACGAGUUCGGUCUUCUGAACUUUCGUGAAUGGGAAAGCGGAACGACAUAAUAUUAUUACACGUUAUUGUUUCAUUAAACAUUUUAUUUAUUUAUUUAUUUAUUAUUAUUUUUUUUUUAAAUUCUUUUAAUCAAUAUUAUUAUUUUAAUUAUCGAUUUUAAAACACGUACAUUUUGUUGUAUAAUCAGUGACGAAACAUCAAUUUUUUCGGUGGUACAUUAUAGUAUCUAUAUGCUGUGUCAUAUAUGACAUAAUUAAUAAUUUCUUAAUAUGGUUUAUCAGUACCUAGUUUACCCUAUUUUUAAAUUUUGCGUAUAUUCAAAUUCUGAUUUUUGGAAUUUUUAAGUGUAGUUAAAACCGAUAUUUUUGAAUACUUAGAAUUUUUACAACAUUUAAGGAGUGUCAUGUAGUGAUACCAAAUUUGGUUUUUCAAAUGAGAACUUAUAUUGAACAUUUCAUAAACUAACCGAGUAUUUUUAAAAUGUUUUGAUUUUCAUCAAUCCGUUAACGAGAUGUUCCACUUUUAAGUUAAGGUAGGGGAGGGUAAUGGAGCACUAAUAAAAUGCCAUGCGCCAUACCGCCACAUACAUGAUACUACACUAUUCCCCCCCUACCCAAACUUAAAGCGGAAUUUCUCAUUAAAAGGUAAACGGAAAUGAACAAUUUUGACAACAAAAUUUAUUUAAAGUAAUACUCCAGAAAUCAGAAUUUUAAAAUAGGCAAAAUUUAACUAAAAAAAAUGGGGUGAGCACGCUUAUCGAAUCACUAUGUAUUGUAUGGAAAAUCUAGGAGAAAACCUAAUAAGCAAUAAUAGAUUAGGAAACGAAUUAAACAAAUCAUUAGAUAUUUUAUUAUUAUUCUCAUACUGUGGAUUUAUAAAUUCCUAAAAAAAACUUUUUCUCCAAGUCGUUCGCGAUAAAUAAGUAAGUAAUAUCAUAAUAUAUUGAGUACGUAAUAAUAUUCAACAACAUCCGAAAAGAACGCGAGCAAACGUGAUCACCGAACCGUUAACAACGAUUAAACUAACGAGUAAAUGUUAUAUGCGGCGGCGGUUGUAGACAAAAAAAUAAUGACGGUUACCUCCUAUACUGUAUAUUAUACAAAGCAUUAUUACGAUCUGGUAAAAAUAUCAUCAUAAAAUAUGAUCAUUAAAAACGAUUUUACGAAGAGCGCAUACAUCCGUGUUGAAAUUUAAAUUUAAAAAGAACCUACCUACCUACGCUGCACUAUAUUAUGAUAAUGAUCCUUAAAUUCAAUUUUCGACCAUUUAUCAAAACAAUUUUAUUUUAUUAAGGUCGUGGAAAUCAAUUAGGUUUUUCAUAAAUAGAAAAGAGCUAUACACCUAUUUCACGUAUACAUCCGUGUGCUUUCAAAUAUUCAAGUGAAAUUAAAAUUUGAAUCUAUAAAACCGUGUAGGAACGUACAAAAUCCCUGUAUACUUGUAAUUAUUCACGUGUACACGUAUGUUUGCGUUACUAUUCACAUAUUUUCAGUGCGUCUUCACGUGAUUAACAUUAAAACACGUAUACACAGAUUCAAUUUCAACGUACAUAUUAAUUCACGUUUUCAAUCGAUACCUUUAAUUUAUACCAAUAAGUUGAGGUAAAAUAAAUAUGAUUCGGGUAUUUCAAUUUUUGUUUCGACAAUUAUUUGACUCCCGAUAAUUUUCUCUAUGUUUUGUAGAGCAAAUAGGUAUAUAUAUAUAUAUAUUUUAACACAAGUAAAAGUGUAUGGUAAAAUAAUUCCAUAUGCAUUAAAUAUUUUCUUUAAUAAUAUUUGUUAUAUACCUAUAUACCUAUUUUCCCGUUUGUCUGCGUUUUUCCCGGUAUUUCCCAUUUAUUAUGAAAACAGCUGGAAAAAUCAAAAAGUGGCAUUCCUAAAGUACCACUCCAGUGAGAUUUCCUUUCAGAAAAGGGCUAUAAUUUAAAAUCGGAGCAAAAUUUCUGGUAGAAAAGUUGUUCACAGAUAAAAAAAAAAAAUAAAUAAAUAAACACCCUAGUAAAACCAACAUUUGCCUCACUCCGCUCAGAAUCUAAAACAAUAGAUCAGUAUACUGAUUUUUUUAUCGGUAAUAAUUUUGGAUAUCAAAAAAAAAGUCAUAUCGGCUCACCUUUAUUAAUUAUUUAUUAUUUUACUUCUAGAUUUACGGUCGGAAUUUACCAGUCACAGGAAACGGCUUUGAUUGCGAACCUGAGUCAUUGGCUGUGUUACGCCAAUAGCGCCGUGAACCCGUUAAUAUACAACUUCAUGAGUGGUGAGCUUUAUUCGUUAUUGCACAUUAUAACGUCACUAGACUACUCAUUUUUUGGUUUUAUAGAUUACAAGUAUAUUCGUACUCUUCUCUGACACACAUUUCUUCAAUGGUCUCAAUGGCCUCAAUGGUCUCAAUGGCCUUUGUAUUACAAGUCUUAAAUCUCCUAUGCUUGGAACGGUUUCCUACACCUCAGCAGCUCAGUAUUGUAUAUCUAUCUGACCAUUCUUUUUAGUUCUUUAUUUUCCCCUCAUCCUUUUCGGGGUGUUCUUUAAAAACUACUUGUAUAACCAAAGACUUGUAUCUCGUCAUUACCGUAUGUAUUCAAAACGCCUCGGUUUAUUAUUUCUCAUACACUUAUCUAUCAAAUUAUUCUUGUUCCCGCUCUAUAUUUAUUUUAUAUAUAUAUAUAUAUAUAUAUAUUUAUAUCCACUUCUUAACAUUCUGUACCAUACGAAUAUUUACAAUACCGUUGCAGUCUCACCAUAGUUUUUCAAGACUUUUCUUUCAGCCUGGAUAUCUCUUUCCACUUCUUUCUGUGUUUUACAGCCUGUAAUAUGACCAUAUAGGAUCCGACUAGAAUCUGUUUUGUCUUCAACCAAAAAUUAUGACAGUCAUUUUUUUUUCUUUAGGCAAGUACCGGAACGAAUUCAAACGGUUGUUCUUGUGCUGGGGAUCACAAAGACAGACAAGAUUGCGCAGGGGAGUUCCGACAUCGCGGAGCGGCACGUACAUCUGCCGGUUCACCAUAACUACGAUGAAAACGGACAAUGUGAGCUACGGACUAUCGCCCGACGAAACAGUCCCGUGAAAUUCAGGAUAGCGUGCUAGAAAUACAAGAGCGCUCAAAUCAAGCCACCUUUUUAUUUAUUUUAUUUAAUUUAUAUUAUUUUUUUGAUUUUCUAUUAUAUACCUAAACCUUACCUACACACGUAUACGCGCGUACUGUGUAUAUAAUGUAUAUAGGUAUAUUUUGGAGUCAAAAUUUGUGCAUUUACAUAUUAUGUGAACAUUUGUAAAGAUAAGAAAAAAAAUAAAUAAAAAAAACGCGCGUGGGUGUACGAGUGCCCGGGAAUAUUCUCCUUGGAACAGUAACGAUCCCUCCCCCUUUCUUGUCACUGUCAUCUCGUGACUUUUGACGGUUCUAAUUACGCCAUGUAUACCAUCCGCCUCAUGUAAUAACCCGACAAUAAGAACAUGACGACGGCCGUUUCCCCGAGGAUAAUACGAGUGUAUAAUGUAUACGUGCAUCUAAUAUGCUUAUAAUAUUACCCAUUUUGGUAUUUUUCCACAAAUUUGUAUUUUAAUAUGUACUUAAUAUUUUAUGUCUUACGUGUUACUUUCUUUAUCGUAUGUACUCAAUUAAAUUAUUAUGCUGCUCGAUAUUCAUUUGUUCGUAAAUCGUAAUUCCCGGUUUUUUAUUAGACAAUUAUAAUAUGAUUAUGUCGUUCGUUGUUUAGUGAACGUAUUUACGGGUGUAAGUCCGUGGUGGUUAUAUAAGUCGAAAAAGAUCUAAGAGAUAUUUAACUAUAUAAGGAAAGCAGCAUGGAAGAAAAUACAAAUCGCUGGUAAGAAUACGCGAAUUUCAUGACAGGUGCGGGGUGAGAUUACGGCGAUUUAUUAUCUCUAUAUUUCGCAUAUAAUUCGAUUUGGAGAUUUUUUUUUACUAAAUUAAACGAAAAUGGUUUUUUUUUUUAGUUUUGGACAAUCCAGUCACCCUUGAUGUAAUUUUUUCCGUGUUGAAUAUGGCGAUCCCGAAUUCGUUUAAAAUUGUCAUCAUUUCAAGCGAGUUAAUACUACACCUCAGUGAUCCAUACGCGAAAUACAGUAUUAUGUUAUAUAAUCGUAUCAGAUAAAUGGCGCGUAGUCACCGAAAGCCACUUACCGAUAACACCCGUAGGUUUCAGAACGAGGGCCUUACAAUAUAGCGAUCUUAAGUUUUCUGGUGACGCAUUUAUUUGGUUUCUCUCGUUCGAGAAACACUUUACUGUUCGAUAAGUAGCUGAUGUGCAACCGUGGUAGUAAAUCAAAUACCUACAUAGUAUUAUUAUUACUUUAAAAACGUUGAUCUUGUCCGCACUCUCCCCCCCCCACAGGUUUCUAAUAGUAAUAUGUUUAUAACAAGAUCACAUCUGUAAAUCUGUACUCGUAUAAUACAAUCAAAUUUAAUUCAAACUUGUUUCAGCUACCCAAGUAUUUAAAUAUUUUACUGGCCAAUUUGCACUUAUUCAAUAGAUAUUAAAAAAAUCACUAUCGUGGUUUCAUUCCAGGAUGAGAAUAAUGUCUAACUUUUCAUUUUCCGUUCUAACGUUAAAGCCAAGUCCGGUUCACACGGCGAUAGUUGCUAUAGUGGUAGUCAUGAAAUUCACUAACAUGACAGUUACAUAAACAUAAACAAUCGUCGUGUGAAAAAGGUGUUAGUAAUAAUUAAGUUAUUGUGAAUGCUGCUAUUCCACUUUAUCAUGAGAGUAAUAGUAACUAUAGUUUGGGCACAUACUAACUAUCGUUAAAUUUUACUAUCAUGGUGCCUUUUUCACAGAUUCGCUCAACUAUUAUUUUUUAUUAUGUCUUCUAAUAUCAUCACGUGGAUGCUGACUCAUGGGAUAGUUAUCUAUCGAUUACGAUCGUGGCAGAAACAAUCACGUUAGAAACCAUCAUCAUGAGGACUAGGCUUAAUGUUUCAUAUACAACCAAUAGAUAAAAACCGUGUGGGAAAAUUUCUUUAAAAAAUUAGUACAUUCCUAUUUACUAGUUAUUAUUUUCAUAAUUAAUACAUUAAAAUACAUCACGUGCAUAAACAUUUGUAAUAAAUUUCAAGUGUAUUCCAAAAGAAAAAAAAUUAUACAUUUUCGAUUUGUCUUGAAUUGGUCUUUGAACCACAGAGAUAAUAGCUGUAGGUAUACAUAUACUUUAUAAAUUGGCUAAACGUUUAUUUGCUCGAAUUUUCGUUACUGACCGAUUAAAGAUAUUUUUUAGAAAAAUUAAAAUUAAAUGUAAAUUUUUCAAAUUAUAUACAUUCACAUCCCGACAUAAAUUACAUUCAUUCACAUUCACUAUUCCUUAAAAAUAAAAUUAAUACGUUUAUGAAUUCAUUUCUUUAAAAAGGGAUGGAAUUCAAUAAAUGCAUUAUUUCCGUACACCAAAUAAAAAUAUAAUAUUAUAAUGUUUGCUGUAUGUGACAAUAUGUCGUUUUCAAACGGUUUAACCCGAAAACAAAAAUUCACUAUGCUAUCAUUAUGAAAUGUUAUAUUAUGAUAUUUUUGCAACGAUGAUUUGGCGGCCCGCGGCCAUAUCCAGUCGGUCAUAUUAAGCCUUUUGUUUAAAUAUCUAUUAUAUAUACCUAAACAUACCUUUGUUCGAGUUUUGAUUUGUUUUUUUUUUUAUUUUAAUACAUGUAUAUACAAUGUAUUGUCAUUUGCACGGAAUAUUUUGUUCGUUUAGAAAAAAUUCACAUGUUGAUGGAAAUAUUGUAUACACAUAAUAAUAUUAUAAUAACAUACCUAAAGUAAUAUGUCUUUUACGUUUUAAUAAUACAAUGUAUAAUAAUAAUAGCUUGUAAUAUUAUUACGGUUAAAAUGUCUGUAAAUUAAUAAUCAGUUGUCUUCGUGUGUGUAUAAUAUAACUAGUUUUAAUCAUUGCAUAGUAUUGUUUCGCACAAAAUAAAACAAAAAAUGAAUUUUCUCUUACAUCUGGCUAAAAAAAUAUGCUGUACUUUUUUCACAAUCCCAUAAGUCAGAUUAAGAACUUAUAUAACCUAUCCUAUAAAUCAGUCAGCCUUUGAAAUUGUUCUCAAGUCUGGAUCGUGUUCGUAUCUCUUUCUAUAACCACUACAUAUUAAAUUAAUAUUAAUAAUAAAAGACAAUAUUUUCGUGUGCUUGUUCGAUCUACAGCCGAAUCUAAUGCACGCACGGGCCUGAAGAUAUUUAUUUAGAAGUGGAUGAACAUGGUCAGUUUCAAAGCCGGAUUUUCGAAAUUCUUACAACGUGGCUAACACAGGAUUUUUGCGUGACUACGGAGAUAGAAAAAUGGAAAAAAUAGUGGAAAAAAUGGCACACGUCUAAUCAGCCCUCCUUCAAUACAAAAAAUUACAAUUUUUUUUUCAUUUCGAUAUUUAGUAUGUAUUAGUAUGAAUUUAAAUAACCAAUUCCAGAAUUUAUAUGUAUUUAUUUUUACAUUAUUUGUAGCAAUAAACAGGAGGUGAUGGAAAAGCGUCUCGCUGCUCACCAACCUUCCUGAAUAUAAUAUACAUGUAUAUUAAAAAUGUAAAAUUGAAAAUUUAACAACGCCAAUAGGUCAUUGGAUUGCAAUAUGUAAAAUAACAUGUUAUAUAUUUUAACACUAAUUUUAAAACGUAUAGAUAUUUCUCAUGACUCUAUAUAAAUUAAAACUACAUGAUACAAUGUAUACAAAAUCAAGUAAUGCACUUUCAUUAGUACUUACUUUUUCUACUGCUUACUGUUUGAAUUAUUUUUCUUUAAAAUAUAAUAUUCCAUCAAUAAGCAGUGAUCGAUUACCAGCAGGUUUUCGUCCUACCUCCGGCCCAGGAAUUUAAAGUUAAUAUACUACGAUAAACAAUACUAUACUAAUACAUUGUAGACUUCAAACAUUUGAAUUAAUAAAAUUACAAUUUCCUAAUGGGGAGGGGAAAGAAGAGUCUAACGAGAUGUAUGUGGACAAAUGUCUUUUAAGAGAAUACGAAGGUGAACCAAGGAAAUACUUGAUUAUCGAAGAAGGUGAAGCAGUAUCAUGGUUGAUUGGAUUAUGCACCAAACUAAAUUAUCGCAGAAAACCUAGUGUCAUUGUAAUAUUUUAG